AUGAUGAUUUUCGAUCUUCCACUGGAUCUAGAAUCGGAAAUACUCUCUAGGGUUCCGGCCAUAUCUUUAAGCCAAUUUCGAUCUACUUGCAAACGAUGGAAUGCGUUGUUCAAAGAUCCGCCAUUCGUCAAGAAGAACUCGGCUAGAGAAGCAACGCAAGUGAUCUUAAACGAUCUUCGUAGAGUUCGUUCAGUUAACGUCAAUCUCCAUGGAACCCACAGCAUCUAUGGUCCAUUCCUUACGUUCACAGGUACUCUUAAGAGUCUAAAAGAUUCAAAAGAUGUCGAAAUAUCUAUACUAUCUCAAUGCAAUGGCUUAUUAUUGUGCACCACCAAGGAUGAUAGACUCGUGGUUUGGAACCCUUGUACUGGUCAAACCAAAUGGAUCAAAUCCAAUAAAAGCAACCAGAAUCAGACGGUGUAUAAGUAUUUUCUAGGUUACGAAAACAAGAAGGGAUACAAAAUCUUGAGCCUUAGCACGGUGAUUGGAAUCUAUGAGUUUAACUCUGAUUCAUGGAAGGUUCUUAAGGACCUCGACCGUCGUGAGUGGUGCCGCUUGCACAAUAAACAUGAUGGAGAGAACUUUGGACGUCUCUCUCUUCCUUUUAAGAGUCAUGAGGAUGGUAAUUAUGAGACUGUGGCUCUAUCAGUUGUGAGAGAAGAGAAACUUGCGGUGUUGAGGUUUGGUAGAGUUUCAUUCGAGAUGAAGAUAUGGGUGACGACCAAACACUAA